AUGUUUCCACUCUCUCCCCAGCCGGCCUGCGCGGACGUGGGGACCAUGCGGGCCUGGGCACUGUGGGCGCUAACCCUGCACUGCGGACUCAGCCUGGCAGUUCUGCCAGCUAAGCCCGAGAACAUUUCUUGCAACUUCUACUAUAAGAAAAACUUCACUUGCACCUGGAGUCCGGAGAAGGAAGCCAAUCGUACAUGGUACACAGUCUGGAGAACGUACUUGAAUGGAAGGGCAAGUGAUAUUUGUACCACCUCGAGUGAGAAUGGCACCUGGUGCUCCUUCCUCUCUCCAAAAUCUCCAAUAACCCCCCCAGACAAUUACACCAUCCAAGUGGAGGCUCGGAACGAGGGUGGAGCCGUGGUAUCUGACCUAACACAUUGGUACUUAAAUGCCGUAGUAAGAAUCGAACCACCUACGAUCAUCAGUGUGCAACCGGUUUGGGGCAUCAAUCGGACGCUUCAGAUACGAUGGAAAAGGCCCGUGUUGGCCCCCGUCUCGUCCGACUUAAAGUACUUGCUUCGAUACCGAACUGUGAACAGUGCCCGCUGGAUGGAAGUCAGCUUCGAAGAAAAAUGGAAUGGAAGCCAGACCUACAACCUCGUGGGGCUGCAGCCGUUUGCGGAAUAUGUCGUGGCUCUGCGGUGUAUGCCCAAGGGGUCCCAGUUCUGGAGUGGGUGGAGCCUGGAGAAGCGGGGGACAACGGAGGAAGCCCCCCUUGGCCUGGACCUGUGGAGAGUCCUGGGACCAGUCCAGGAGGAUGGAAGACGGCCGGCCACGCUGCUGUGGAAGAAGGCCAGGGGGACCCCGGCCCUGGAGCAGACGCUUGGUUACCACGUGCGGUACUUUCCCGAAAACAACGCUAACCUCACGGAGACGCUGAACACCACUCGCCAGCAGCUGGAACUGCUCCUGGACGGCAGGGCCUACCAGGUGUCCGUGGUGUCCUAUAACUCCUGGGGGCAGUGUCCCGCGGCCACCCUGAGGAUCCCGGCUGUGGGCGAAAGGGCAUCUCGGUGCAUUGAGGCCGUGCAGACCCGCCUCACUCAGGACCAGCUGGUGGUGGCGUGGCAAAGCUCUGCCCCGGACGUGGACACGUGGAUGGUGGAGUGGUUCCCAGACUUGGACGCAGAGCCCUCUGCCUUGUGCUGGGAGUUGGUGUCCGGGGCCAGGAACUGGACCAUCCAGCAAGACGCGCUGACACCUUUCUGGUGCUACAACAUCUCGGUGUAUCCGAUGUUGCGAGACCGCGUGGGCGAGCCCUCUUCUGUCCAGGCUUAUGUCAAAGAAGGCGUCCCGUCAGCAGGUCCCGUGACCAAGGUGGAGGACAUCGGUGUGAAGGGCGUUACCGUCACGUGGAAAGAGAUCCCCAAAACUCAGAGAAAUGGGUUCAUCAGCAACUACACCGUAUUUUACCAGGCCGAGGAUGGAAAGGCGUUCUCCAAGACGGUCAACGCCAGCACCCUGCGGUCUGACCUGGGAUCUCUGACGCGGAUGACCUCGUACACUGUUCAGGUCAUGGCCAGCACCAGCGCGGGGGGCGCCAACGGCACCAGGAUAAACUUCAAGACGCUGUCAAUGAGUGUCCUGGAGAUCUGCGUCACGGCCUCGCUGGUGGGCGGAGGGCUGCUGGCUCUCACCAUCCUGACCGCGGCGUUCGGGCUCAAGAGGCCCAACAAACUGAGGCGCCUCUGCUGCCCCGAUGUCCCCAACCCUGCAGAAAGCAGCAUAGCCAUGUGGCGCGGAGAUGACCUCAAGAGCGUGCUAACCCUGAACACGGACGCCUCUGUGAGCUCGGAGGAAGACAGGAUCCUGAAGCCAGGCGCUGCCCCUCGUGACCUGGUUGACAAGUUGGUGGUGAACUUCGAGAACUUCCUGGACGAGGUUCCCACGGGGGCACCAGGGAAGGGCCAGGAGAGCGUUCCGGGAGGGGAAGAGAAUGAGUACGUGACCUCCCCCUACAGGCCUUACUGGGCCCCCGGGGACAGCCCCGUGGGGCCCGCCCAGCGCCUGUGCCCUGGCAGGCCCGAGGGCAGCGGCCCGGCCGCCGGACAGCAGCUCCCGCGUUCGGCUCCGGGCCCAGGGCCAGGCCAGGCCGGUGAGGAAGGACCGCAGACUCUGUAUUUGAAGAAUUCGGUGACCACCAGGGAGUUUCUCGUGUCUGCGAAUCCUCCAGACCAAACCAAGAGAGAGAUCUAG